GGAAAAAAAAAAAAAAAGUGUGCAGAGAUAAAGAAGAGCAAUCAUCAGUAUGGCUUCUUCUUCUUCAAUUAGAUCGUUUGGUUCAUUGAUUUGCAGAUUCUCAAAUGGGGUUUUUCUUAGGCCCUCUCACUCAUUCGCUCUUCAAAGGAAGCUAUUUUUCAGCGAAAAGCUAUCAUCUUGCUCGCGGUAUUCAUCAUCAGGCAAAUGGGUUUCGGCAUUUCACUUCGGAACUGGGAAUUCUGUUAGAAAGAUUCGAACUUUCGCCCCUCUUUUUAUGGGGAGGCGCUCCUGCAAAAUUGCUGGUAGAAAGACAGCCCAAGAUGCUAAGAAGACAAAAUUGUAUUCAAGGAUUGGAAAAGAGGUUGUAUCAGCGGUUAAGAAAGGAGGUCCUAAUCCGGUAUCUAACAUAGUUCUUGCUGCAUUACUUGAGAAAGCUAAGGAGUUUGAUGUGCCUAAGGAAAUUCUUGAGCGUAACAUUAAGAGAGCUUCAGAGAAGGGUCAGGAAGCUUACAUCGAGAAAACAUAUGAGGUAUAUGGUUAUGGUGGAGCUGGUAUUGUUGUUGAAGUAUUAACAGAUAAAAUAAACAGAUCAGUGGCAGCUAUCAGAGGCGUACUUAAAGACUGUGGUGGAAAGAUGGCUGAUUCUGGUUCAAUCGCAUUCAAGUUCAAACGUGCUCGGGUUGUGAACAUAAAGGUAACAGAUGUUGAGAAAGACCAACUUCUCUCUAUUGCUUUAGAUGCUGGUGCUGAAGACAUCAUAGAACCUUUACUGGAUGAAGAUGAUUCUGAAGAAGACAAGUCAGAAAGACAUUAUAAAGUUGUGAGUUCAGCUGAGAAUUACUCUGAUAUGCUAUCAAAGCUUCGUGAUGCUGGAAUUCCAUGUGAAACUGAUAAUGGAUCUGAGCUACUUCCCAUAAAUCCGAUUGAGGUAGAUGAUGAGGCUAUGGAUUUGAACAGAGAACUCAUGUCCAAACUGCUUGAACUUGAUGAUGUUGAUGCCGUGUAUACAGAUCAGAAGUUAUGAGAUCAAUAAUUGUAAUAAACACCUAAAAUGUCACUGAGGUUUAGAUCUGUUAGGCUUAGCAUAAAUAUUCCAUGGAUGAUGCGGAUGGCUUCAUCCAACAUUCAUUGGAGAACAUUGCUUAGAAAUAUCUGGUAGCAGUAGCAUUCACAGAAUAUUGCACAGGAAAAUAUACAUAUUCGAUUUUCAGUUUUGAUGAAAA